UACCAAAGACCAAAGUCCUUAAACGAAACCGCAUCGAAACUUUCUGUCUUCUGUCCUAUGCACACACGGCCACACGUUCAUUCCCUCUAACCUCUCUUCUUAAAUCUACUUCACUUUCUCUCUACACUCUCAUACCCCACUCCACUCUCCACACCAUCAUAAAUAAAUAAAUAAAUCUCAUAAUUUUACCGUUAAAUUCCUCCUACUUCUCCCUCCUUCCUCUGCACAGAUAAGCAGCUUCAAUGGCCACACAAAUACUUUACACUUUCUUCCUCGUUUUCAUUGUUUUACUGCAAUACCUUUCUUCUGCAGACUCGCAGGCUUUUAUCGGUGUUAACUACGGCCAAGUUGCCGACAAUCUCCCGCCGCCGGCGGAUACGGCGAAGCUAAUUCAGUCAACGAGCAUUGAGAAAGUGAGGUUAUACGGAGCGGAUCCAGCGAUAAUUAAAGCUUUAGCGAAUACCGGGAUCGGAAUAGUGAUCGGAGCUUCCAACGGUGACAUACCGGCGCUUGCCGGCGACCCGAAUUUCGCGGGACAAUGGGUUGCUUCGAAUGUAUUGGCGUACUAUCCGGCGAGUAAGAUUAUUGUGGUUAAUGUGGGUAACGAAGUGGUGACUUCUGGAGAUCAGAACCUUAUUCCUCAACUAUUGCCAGCUAUGCAAAAUGUCCAAAAUGCCCUCAAUGCUGCUUCUCUUGGUGGUAAAAUCAAGGUAUCAACGGUACACGCUAUGUCCAUUUUGUCUCAGUCUGAUCCGCCUUCAUCCGGGUUAUUUAGUCCAGUAUUUGGGGACACACUAAAAGCGCUGCUGCAGUUUCACAAGGAAAAUGGUUCGCCUUUGAUGAUCAAUCCAUACCCAUUCUUUGCAUAUCAGAGUGAUCCAAGACCUGAAACUUUGGCAUUCUGUCUCUUCCAACCAAAUGCUGGCCGGGUUGAUUCAGGGACCGGUAUCAAAUACAUGAACAUGUUUGAUGCACAGGUUGAUGCUGUACAUUCGGCCCUGAAUGCGUGGGGAUUCAAGGACGUUCAAAUUGUGGUUGCAGAGACAGGGUGGCCAUACAAGGGUGAUCCAAAUGAAGUAGGUCCAAGUGUGGAUAAUGCAAAAGCUUAUAACGGUAACUUGAUAAACCACUUGAGGUCUAUGGUUGGCACUCCAUUGAUGCCUGGCAUAUCAGUUGAUACCUAUUUAUUUGCCCUCUAUGAUGAGGACUUGAAGCCUGGGCCUGGCUCGGAACGCUUCUUUGGACUUUUCAAGCCUGAUCUUUCCACGACUUACAAUGUUGGCCUCUCAAAAAAUGCCCAGACUCCUACAGCUCCAGUAGCUCCAGUGACUCCUGCUCCAGCAACAACUCCCACGACCCCGACUACUCCAGUAACGCCGGUUACACCGGCACCAAAACCAACAGCAGCUGCUUGGUGCAUGCCAAAGCCAGGGACUCCCGACUCUGAAUUACAGGCUAAUCUCGAUUAUGCCUGUAGCAUGACCGGUAUUGACUGUAGCCCUAUUCAAGCAGGCGGUCCCUGCUUUGAACCAAAUACUGUAGCAUCGCAUGCUGCUUAUGCUAUGAAUAUUCUUUAUCAAACUGCUGGCAGGAAUCCCUGGAACUGCGACUUCUCUCAGACCGCGACCCUCACCUCAACAAAUCCUAGUUACAAUGGCUGUACUUAUCCUGGUGGCAACUCAUGACGCAGAGAAUUUAAUUUAGUAUCUGAAUGUAUUUUAUUAUGAUGGAGUAAUGUAUGUAACUAUAAAUUGGUCUAUAAAUAAUCCCCUCCACCUAAUUUGUCCUUGCUAAAAUGGUCAGGAGUCUCUUUAAAGAAGAGCUAUUUAAAUUUAAAUUGUAUAGUUCCUCGAUACGAUCAUUUUCUUUCCACCAUUAUUGAAAUAUACUCAAUUGUUGUUGAA